UUCUCAUGACCUCUCAAACAACAAGGGGAGACUCGCACUGAAGAAUCCAGAGAGCGAGCAGACGAGGCGAAAAAUGCUGUUCCGCGGCGGCGGCGGUGGCGGCCGGGCGGCGACGGUGGCGAUGAACUUGGUUCGGCAUUUCUCUCGGAAAUGCGCGCCAGAUCUGAGGAGGAUAAACCCUAAGGUGCCGAGGGAGGAGGCGAAGGCAAUCUCUCAAGAGCUCUAUAAGAUUAUCAAGGAGAGAGGUCCUCUGUCGGUCGCCAACACUUGGAAUCACGCUAAGGAAGCAGGCAUUGCUGGGCUCAGCAGCAAAACCCAUAUGAAGAUAAUGCUGAAAUGGAUGAGGGGAAGGAAGAUGCUCAAACUUUUCUGCACUCACCAUGGCAAUGCCAAGAGAUUUCUCCACUCUACUCUUCCCGAAGAGCCAAAACCAGCUCAAGAAGAAGAGAUUGCAGCAGCCGCGCCUUCUGAUAGCCUUCAGCCUUCUAUGAGGCAGGAAAAGAAACUAUUGAAGAAGCUCAAAAAGAAGCAGAAAAGGGAAGAAUAUCAAUAAUGAUAUCAGAAACAUGAUUCUGAUACGCGUUCCUUUAUGGAUGUUGCUUGAUUUACUUGGUUGACAACCUUAUUGUAUCUUGUGGUUACAUUGUAGUUUAUGACAAUCGUUAUGGUAAUACACUUGGGGGUUAUAGUAUUCA